GGGCAAGUGCAAGGUCUCCCUGGUCUCCAGCUCCGGAUGUGGAAGCGAUGUGAAGAACAAGCGCCGGAAAGAAACCCGUUUUAUUCAAGUGAAGCGGUCAUGUGACCUGGUUCUCCACGCGUGAUUCCAAGCGAUAAUGGGGCGAAGCGACUUCCCCGUUCAACACCCCGUUCCGACCUUGCUGGACAGCACUAAUCUCACCAACCUGGACUCUUAUCGCUCGCACGUACGGACACUCAUAUCUAUCCAAACGGGUUGAGGCGGUAUCUGUCAUCAGUCUCGUUGCUCGCACGCUGUUGCCGAGCCUGCAAAACCCUUAUCACUUGAGUCGUAAGACCUUCACGCCGUCCUCUCGAAGAUCAUGGCAAAACUGAACGCAGUUCCCGCAACGAAUGGCGCAGCGGAGCGCCGAGUCGUCUUCACAAACGAUGCGCAACCGGCGAGCGCGGUCAAACCUCCUACGUCGCUUUCUGAUAGAUUUACCAGGCUACAUGCAUCUUGGUCAAAGUCCACACCUCGCGGUGGCGGCGGCGGCGCCGUCGCACCCAUCGGCGCCCGCUUACAGCACGUCGGCGGCGGUUUCAGAACAGCUCCUCGAGCAGCAAGACCACUUGGCGGGGCACACGGAGGCGGCCUCUUCCGCGGCGUGCACACACGCGGCGGUCGAUUCCGAGGCGGGGCGGCGGCGGGUUCAGGUGUCGCGGGUGGAGUUUUUGCUGGAACCACGGUCCGAGGCGGUGCGAUUGGCAAAGCUGGGGCUGGAGCCCGAGGGUUUGCGCGGGGCGGCCGCGGAUUUGUAAGGGGGUCUAGAGGCGUGGGUGUCGGUCGAGGCACGGGUGUAGGUCGAGGCGGUCGACGAGGCGGCAUCUUACGUGGCCGUGGCCGUGGGGCUCUCAGGAGCGGAAAACCGUCCAGCGCUGACGCGCUCGACAAGGAGCUGGAUGCGUACAUGCUCAAGAACAAAAACUACGCGGUCGACAAACUCAAUUCGGAAUUGGACGACUAUAUGGCGCAGGAUAGCGAUGUCAACAAUACCCCAGUGCCGAUGCAGACAUGAGACAACGUACGAACGCACCGGGGGUCUCAUGCCACCAGCAUGGCGCUUUCGCUUGCCUUCCCCCACGACCGCCUUAACACGUAUGCCGGCGCGAUAACCAAAAAACAUGCACAGCUGCGUAAUAUAUAUAGGCUCCAAAAUCGCGAGGAAGCCACAUUAUCCUCUUCAUAAACGGGAAAACUACACGAUAUGAUAGGGUAGGAAUGACCUCCGCGGCCCCGUCGCUCUUCUCUUAUUGCUUCGGGUUUAUUUCCCUGAUUUUGUAAAAUGU